CUCUCUGCUUCCGCUGCCUGAACGGACGUGUGUCGCAGAUUCGACAGAAAAUUAUGACGGAGAAAAUGGACGCACAGAAAGCAGCUGGUUCUGUGUUUAUGUGUCGGCUGUGCAACCUCUUCUCUCCCAGUCGCUCCCAGCUGCAGGACCAUUGUGCCCAGUUGCACCCACAGCAAGAUCCUUCAGAUGACAUCAUCGUUGUGCUGCAGCCCCUCGCAGCAGACCCUGUGGAGACGCUGGCAGAGGGCCCAGUGAAGCGAAAACGAGGCCGACCGAAAGGCUCUACGAAGAAGAUGCGCACAGAUUUGACAGAAGGCAAAGCUGCCUCCACCCACGGCCCAGAGGAUAAUUUAGAAAAAGAACAAAAGAGGAACAAGGAUAAAGGAGACCGACAAAGUAGCUCGGUAGAAGGCAAAGGUCACUAUGAGAUAUCGGGGCUGGAAUGUCGGAGCUGCCGUCGCUCUUUUAGCAACAGACGACAAAUCCUCAAACACAUCUGCCUGAGAGAAGAGGAAGAAGAAGAGGAUGAAGAGGAGAACGGGAACGCCACUGGUGGAGCAGAAGGUGAAGGUUCAGAAAAUCUGGAUCCUGGAGGAGCUGAUCCAAACCAGAACAAACAAAACUCAGGAAGACCGGGACUCACGAGAGAAAAGGAUGUGGGAAACUUCAGAUCUCAAAGAAACAAUCGGAAUCGCAUCUCUAAAGAAGGAAGCCAAGCAACAGGAAACAAAAAAUCAGUUGUCAGUGUUGUUCUGACAGAAGAUGAAACACUUCCGGCAGGUGUUUCUAAAAUGGUUCCAGUGGAGGACAGUUCAGCAGAAACAGAGUCUGCAGCUGCACAACCUCAGCGUUCUGCAGUAUUCCAGUCCGAGUCACAGGAUGUCACAGGUGAAACUACUGCCUGUGACGAAGACCCUAAAACAGACCAGGAACCAAGUUCAACACUGACAACAGAAACCGGAAAAGGCUUCCAGGAAUAUUCAAUCAAGCAAGAUGCUACCAAUUUACUGCAGAGCCAGCUGAAGAUCUUUGCCUGUGAGUUCUGCAAUAAGAUCUUUAAGUUCAGACACUCUCUGAUCGCCCACCUCAGGACGCACACUCAGGAAAAACCUUUUCAGUGUCCUCACUGUGACUACGCUUCAGCCAUCAAAGCCAACCUGAAUGUUCACCUGAGGAAGCACACAGGAGAGAAGUUCAGCUGCGAGCACUGUCCUUUCACCUGCCUCAGCCCAGGACACCUCAAGGUCCACAUAGAGCGAGUCCAUAUGAAGGUGAAGCAGCACUGCAGCUUCUGUGAGAAGAAGUACUCUGAUGUGAAGAACUUGCUGAAGCACAUGGAGAAACGACAUAACCUGAAGGACCCACCAGUUCAGCAGAGCUACCAGCAGCUGAGGUUAAAGACCCGUCAGGGCCUCAGGCAGCUCCUGUACCACUGUCCCACCUGCAACCGACGCUUCAAGAACCAGCUGGAGCGGGAGCGUCACCUGCUGGUCCACGGUCCCCAGCGUCCCUUCGCCUGCCUCCUCUGUGACCACGCUGCCACAAAGAUGGCUGCCCUCGCCGCUCACGUCAGGAAGCACCUGUUUCUGUACAUGUGCUGCGUCUGCGACGAGAAGUUUGUCAGCUCGCAGAGGCUGAAGAGUCACCUGAAGGAGUCUCACCCUGAGCUGGAGCAGGAACAGGCUUUCACAGACUCUAUCAACAGCAGCUACUAUCUGGUUCAGCCCGGAGGAGGCAUGUGGGGGAGUGAGGAGGGCGAGGACUCGGAGAGAGGGCAGAAACCAGACGACAGGAUAGUGCAGGAGGGUGAGGAUGACCGGGUGAGAGAGGAGGGUGGAAGCAGUGGUGAAGGAGAGCAGCCGAGUGAGGAGAGGGAGGAAGAUAAAGCUCAGGAAGAAAGUGCAGAAGAAGUUCAGGUGAUAGAAACAGCAGCAGGGUCCCCAGACAGACCAGAUGAAGCAACAGCCGAGAGGAUCCAAACCUCGAACUCUGAGGAUAGGACUUCAGAAGAUGCUGCUGAGAACACAAGUGCAGCCAAAAACACAUCUUCAUCAUCAGGACAUAGGAACUCAUCCGAGUGUUCAGGCCCUCUGGUGGAUGAAAGUGCACAUUCAGAGAAGAUGUCAGAGGAUUUCCAUCAGAGUGCCUUCCAGCAGGUGUUUUCAUCUCUUCAGAAGACUCAGCUCAAUAUGGAGACUUUCCAACGGCUCAGGAAGAUUUACGGAGAACUGGAAUGUCAAUACUGCGGUAAACUGUUCUGGUACAAGGUCCACUAUAACGUCCAUGUUCGCACGCACACCAAGGAGCACUCGCAUUACUGUUCGAAGUGCAGCUACUCUUCCAUCACCAAAAGCUCUCUGAAGCGGCACCAGAUCCAGAAGCACAGCGGCCUGCAGCUGCCGUGUUCGACUCCCGGCUGUAAAUACUCCACACCUGACAAAUACAAGCUUCAAGCCCAUCUGAGGACACAUCAGGAGCAGGGGAGGAGCGCCACGUGUCCUGUUUGCCAUCACAGUUAUCCAGAGCACCGACUGAAAAACCACAUUAAAAAAUCCCACCCUGAUACGCUGCCUGCACAAGGUAAAGGACUGAUGGUGCAGCGAGCAGAGAAGUGUCCUUACUGUGACUCCUACUUCCUGAAGAACAGCAGUGACUUCCAGCAGCACAUCUGGGCCCACCAAGGUUUGAAGCCGUACCUCUGCAAUGUUUGUGACUACGCGGGCCGCAGUCGAAGUAACCUGAAGACUCACAUGAACCGACACAACACAGAGAGACGCCACCUCUGCGAUCUGUGCGGGAAGAAGUUCAAAUCUAAAGUCACGUUGAAAAGCCACAGACUGAGCCACACAGAUGAAGGGAAGCGGUUUCAGUGUUCAGAGUGCGACUUCACAUCCGUCUCUAAACCGUCUCUGCUCCGACACAUGGAACAACACGCUGAAUUUAAGCCGUUUCGUUGCGCCCACUGCCACUACUCCUGCAACAUUACUGGAGCUCUGAAGCGACACUACAACGGGAAACACCCCGAUCAGAAAUACGAGAACGCCGGACCUGGACUGCCGAACCCUGACGCUCUGAAACAGCAAGGUGGUAUGAAGUGUCCUGAAUGUGAGUUUGUUUACGGGACAAAGUGGGAGCUGAACCGCCACCUGAAGAGCAAACACAGCCUGAAAGUGGUGGAAGGCCCUUGGGAGGUGGGGGAGGAAGUAGAGACUCAGUAUGUGUCUGUGGAGGAUGAUGAGCACCUGACAGAAGCACCUUUAGCAGCACUGCAGGACAACGUUAAUAUCCAGCAGAUCACUGAAUUCACAUCAGAGACUCAGGAUGCUGUUGCCUCCAUGGUUGCCAUGGCUCCAGGCACGGUGACCGUCGUGCAGCAGUUGCAGGUUGCUGAUGAGCAGGAAGUCGGCAGCAACCAGCUGAUGGUUCUGAACACAGAGGGAGGUUUAAACGGUGACCAGGUGAUGGUGGUGGAGGACGCUCACGGCCUGGAGGCUCUGACAGUCCUCACUCAGGGAGAAAAUGCUCAUCAUUACAUCGUCUACGUCCAGGAACACACUGUAGAAAUCAACUAGCAUCAAUAUCCAGUAAACCAGUGCUAUCUGGAUGUCAUCAUCAAGACUUUUCAUCAUCAUCAUCUUGGUAAUUGUGGAAAGAAUCAAUGCAAUACUUUGUGGUGUGAUCAUGUUGCAUUUUUAGUACUUAGAAAAUAUAUUUCAAUAUAAAUCUCAGCCCUGCACUUUUUUUAAUUGCACUGGAGUGGCUUCAUUUUCUAAAAAUCAAGUCUCUCAUGUUUUUCUCUGUCUUGUUGUUAUGAAAUACAAACAUGUUUGCUGUUUGGAACAGAUUUGUUUUUUAUAUUAUAACACACUCGUGCAGUGUCAAUGUGACAAUAUAAUAAUCACAUCAGGCUAUUUUAAAUGUGCAGGUAGGCAAGGUAGGACAGCAUACAUUAAUGUAUGGAUGCACUGUACGCUCAGUUGAAUGUCAAAAACCAUGUACACCAUGAAAUAAAUAGUAAAGGCUGAUA